AUGAGAGCCCAAUGUCUACAUCAUACUGUCAAGACCCUAAAGAUAAAACUUGAUAGGGUAGAAAGAAGUGCAAGAAGAGGCCAAGAAGAAAAGAAACGAGCCCUACAACUCGCUCGGAAACUGAGAGAGCAAAGAGAUGAGGCUAACCAAGAACUAGCACAGAGGCGAGCACAGAUUGAACAGCUCGAAACACAACUGCUUAAUAUUGAGGAGACUUUUCGAAACCCUCACAAAAGUCUUCAAAAAGAAAAUGAAUUGUUAAAGAAGAAGAUAGCGGAGCUAGAAGGAGCAAGGUUGAUCCACUCAUCCGCACAAGAGAUAACCAUGCAAGAAAACGAAGCCUUAAAAGCAAAGAUUGCUGAAUUAGAAGUCAUAGUGCAUAGUUGCCAUCAACGAAUCCAACAGCUAGAAGAUAGUCGACCAUUAACUAAUCCAGAGCUUGGAAUUGCUCUACGGCAGGCUCAGGACACCAUUGAAAUGCAACAUGAAGCAAUGGAGAGAGCAGUGGAUCAGGCACGUGAUGUAGCUCGUCAAGUCUACGAAUUAUCUGAAGAAGCGGCAUCUUUAAGAGUUUUCGUGGUUCUAGAAUCAGAGGAAGAACGACGCAUCAUGGGAUUGAUGAUAGAGCUCGAGAGAUUAGGGAAUAGGGCAAGAUUCUACAUUUAA